AAUUCAGAGUGAUGAAAACCUGAUCUGUCUACGUUAAUUCAGCAACUGAAAGAAUGAUAAAAAAAAAAAAAAAAAAGAUUCAAGCCACAAAAAGGAAGUGUCACUUCACUAAUAACAGGAAGUAAACGCUGUAUCUCUCUUAAAGAAGCAUUAGGUCAGAAUCGUUGACAGUUGAGGAUGUGAGAACGAGAGAUAGAGACACAGAGGCACUAUGGGUGAAUUCAGAUGGAUUAACAAGACUUUAUUUUUGAUACUGCUGCUUCAGUUUACAGUAACUGGACAAACCUGCCUCUCCUUCACUGUCAGAGCUGGAGAUGAAGUCACUUUGCCUUGUGAACAUGUGAUAAACAGUCAGGAUAAAUGUAGCGGUACUUCUUGGCUUUCCAGUGGUUCUUUGGGGGAAACAGCAAAAGAGCUGAUUAGUCAUGGGCAGAUUAGUAGCAAUGUGAUUGGAACAGCUAAAUCCAACAGACUGAAUGUUACAGCAGACUGUUCUCUGGUUAUAAAGAAGGUCACACGUGGGGAUGUUGGACGUUACACCUGCAGACAGUUUGAUGAAUCAGGACAACUAGUUUCAGAUGCUAGGGUUCAUCUGUCUGUUAUCAACAUGACUGAACAUAAGAGUGAUGUUCUGGUCAUCUUGUUCUGCUCUGUGUUAACAUAUGAAGGGUGUGAACACACAGUGGAGUGGUUGUAUGAGGGUAAUGAAAAUGACGUGGAGAUAUCAACGCGUACCUGUUCAGCCAUUGUGAGAUUUACUCCUCAUCCUAAUCAGAAGUCAAAGUAUUAUGAGUCACUGAAGUGCAACGUGACAGAUAAAAAGAAUGGAGAAACACUGCUGUGUGAUGUUGGCCCUCAGUCCUCAUGUGAGGAAACAGGAGGCACAUCAGCAGGAAGAAAAAAUACAACAUCUGCUCCAAAAGGUUGGCUGUGGUUGUACAUCACUUUGGCGGUGGGUUCGGCAGUACUCUUAGCAGCAAUAAUUGCUGCCGUUGUCAUCAGACGGAAGAGAAAUAAAGGGAACAAAAAACCAAUGGAUGAAAACUAUGGACAGAGCUUAAACCCUGCAGUGACUCAGCCUGAUCCAGAGACCAGUCAGGACAUGGCUGAUCCUGAAGAUGGUGUUUCCUACGCCUCCGUCAGCUACACCAAGAAGACCAACAGUAAAGCGCAGGCUCUGUGUAAAGGUGAUGAUGAUGAAGGUGAUGUAGUGACCUACAGCACUGUGAAAGCUUCUCCCUCUGCUGCUGCUGCUACUGCUGGGGACUCUGAUGAUCCCAGCAACCUCUAUGCCACCGUCAACAAAGAAAAUCAAUAAGAUGCCACAGGUUACAUGAUUACAUCGAUUAUAUAUUGAUAAUUGAUGAGAAAACCAAGUCUGUUUUUAUUUCGCAUUUGUCUUUCCCUACAAUACUGAUACACCAAUACCUUCAGCGACAUUUUCUUUGCAAUCUUGUGGAGCACUUAAUAUUUAAUUUUAUUUUUGUAUAUAACCCUUAUGCUUUUAUCAGAUUAAUGACAUUGUUAUUGAAACAUAAAAGGGAAGAAAAGAAACUUGAGUGCAGCUACAUCUGGUUGUUAUUUCUAGGAUUAUAAUAUUGUAGUUAUUUAUCACAGUUACAUGAACAUGUCGCCAUUUUUUGUUUCUAUUAUAGUUGUUUUUGUCAUUAUUUUGAGGAUUUAUUGCUGUAAAAAGCCUUUCUGGUCUGAAGGGGGUGCUGUAGAUUAACCAGAAGCACAGUGUGAAAAAGAGAAGUAAGAACCUGACAUUCAUAUGGCUGGUCUCUUAAAGGUUCAGUGUGUAAGAUUUAGGGGGAUUUAGCGAUCUAGCUGAAACUUCUCCACGUUAGAAUUCCUCUAGUGUUCAUUGUUCAGGAGGUUUUUACCAGGAGCCGGAUUAUCCGCAGAGGUCUUGUCCUCUUCAAAGCAAAUGGAAGAGCCAAUAAGUUAAAAACACAUAGAACACAUAGUUAAAAGAUAAAUAAGGAAGUCAUUAAUGCAGUAGGCCUAUUGUCAGCUCGGCUUGUGCGCUAUGUAUAGUCUCUUACACAGACGCCGAUGACGUCAGCACGCUGGCUGACUCUGUCGUCUGUGGACAUUCCCAUAGGAAAGUUGUAAUAGAAGGAUCUGAGGCGUGAGGUCCUUGCUUUAACACUGCUCAGUCUUCUGCGCGAGGGCAGUGGGGUGAACAGGUCUCGUGUAGGGUGUGUUGGGUCCUCGAUGAUGUUAGAGGCCCUGCUCCUGCAGCGGCUUACAUAAAUGUCUGGCUUUUUUGUCCGCUGCAGUGCAGUUGCCAUACCAUACGGUAAUGGCCUGGAUCAGGACACUCUUCACUGCACAUCUGUAGAAGGCAACAAGGGUAGAGGAACCAAGGCCAGCAUGCUUUAAUUUCCUUAGCUAUUAAAGACGUUGGUGGGCCUUCUUGACCACGCUGGCUGUGUUGGCAGACCAGGUGAAGUUGUCUGUAAUGUGUAGUCCCGGAUACUUGAAGCUGGGGACCACCUGUACAGCGGCUAGUAGUCCACCCCGCUUGCCCCUCUUCUGCCUGCGUGAGCACCGUCUCCGUUUUCCCCAGCACACUGUCCGUAGCAGUCGCAAUCUACCCAAAACUGCCUUCACUUUUGAUGGUAGUAGGACAGUAAAGCUAUUUAGCACUCGAAGUUCAGAUGUACUGUAGAUAAACACACAUAGCCUCAAGUUAGUAACACAUGAAGAAGAUUCACUGGGAGCUUGAGAAGCUUGCUGCACUACUGCGCGCCGCCAUGUUGCAAAAAUAUACAUGUACAAAUACAUACAGACAUACUUAUUCUUUUAUGUCCCAUUUCCAUUUAUAUUCCAUUCCUGUCGAUAUGUCCCCCUGAAUCCUACACACUGGACCUUUAAAUAGAUGAGCAAACGUGUGUAAUAUGUGUUAUAUUUUCUUUUGUAAGCUCAUUCUCAUUAAUUUUACUGAGAGCACAGUGUUGGAUGUUUGCCUGUAGAACUAUGGUGCUCAGAGACCUGGUGGGAGCUCUCAGGGUUUCUGGCUCAGUAACACAGAGGAACUGGUGUUUGUUAUCAAGUGUUUAUUGUAUCAUAGUUUGUGUUUUGUGCCGCUUUGUAUCUAUUUUCUUGUCAAAUUUUGUCCCCAUUGCAAUAAAUAAUAACGUGGCUAUGUUUAUA